GAACAACAAAAGGCCUAUGUCAAUGCUCUUGUGGAUGUGACAGUACAAGUCAUUGCUUCUAUUUGGCCCAACUCGGUAGCUGUUCAAACGAACGGGGACAACUCGACCAGGAUUGCCGACCUGAACACCUUUUUGCACCAUCUCUUGAAGCAUUCUCGAACCACCCAUUCCACACUUCAGUUGGCCAUCUUUUAUCUUUUUCGGAUUCGUUCUCGUAUCCUCUCCUUGUUCCAUCCACCGCAGAAUAACAACAACAACUCGUCUACCGAUGUUCAACAGGAUGUCUACAUGACCUGUGGUCGACGUAUGUUCUUGGCAGCUCUUAUUUCUGCACACAAAUUUCUGCAAGACAAAACCUACAAGAACUCUGCGUGGAGUAAGGUCAGUGGCUUGAAUGUCAAGGAAAUCAACCAUGCCGAAAAAGUAUUUCUGCAACUGCUGGAUUAUCGUUUGAUGGUCAAGAAGGAAGUGUACGAUCAAUGGAUGACCAUGUUGCAAGCCCUCUUG